GCAACCAGAUCAACCCUUGACACUUCCAAAUAUGGCAACCAAAUGGGGUAUUUGCGGUGCGGGCAAGAUCAGCCACGACUUUACGGUGGCCCUGAAAACUCUUUCACCGGAAGAUCACCAGGUUGUGGCUGUGGCCGCCCGCAAUGUAGAGCAUGCACAGGAGUUUGGCAAAAAACACAGCAUCCGUGCAGCAUACGGCAGCUACGUGGAACUGGCCCGAGAUCCAAACAUCGAUGUGGUGUACAUCGGUGUGAUCCACCCGUACCAUCUGAAGAGCUGUUUGCUCUUUAUGGAUGCCAAAAAAAAUGUUUUAUGUGAGAAGCCUCUGGCCAUGAACGCAAGAGAGGUUAAAGAGAUCCUGGACUCAGCAAAGAGGAACAAUGUUUUCCUAAUGGAGGCCGUGUGGAGUCGAUUCUUCCCGGUCUCUGUGGAGAUCCGACGUUUGCUCGCUCAAGGGGAGCUUGGUGAGGUGAAGAUGGUGAGGGCUGAAUUCGGCCAGCCUCUCAUGCAUUUGCCCAGAUCGAUGGACAAGAAUCUGGGUGCCGGAACAAUGCUGGACCUUGGCAUCUACCCACUGCAGUUUUCCAUGAUGGUCUAUGGCGGAGAAAAGCCAGAGAGCAUCAAGGCCACGGGGGUCUGUACAGAGACCGGAGUGGAUGAGACCACGGUGGUCACUCUCAAGUUCUCCAAAGGCCGCAUGGCCGUGAUCACGUGCUCCUCGGGACUGGAGCUUGACAACGACGCCGUCAUCGUGGGGACCAAGGGCACCAUCAGGAUCCCUGCUCACAUGUGGUGUCCCACCUCUGUGGUGGUGAACGGCCGAGAGAGACAAUAUCCUGUCCCGGAAUCCGACUUUACCCUCAACUUUCUCAACAGCACAGGAAUGUGCUACGAGGCAGAGGCGGUGCGACAAUGUUUGCUUAAAGGACUGAAAGAGAGUCCCGUGAUGUCCCACGCUGACUCUCUAAUGCUGGCCGAAGUGGAGGAUGAAGUGCGUCGGCAGGUGGGCGUGGUCUACAGUCAAGACGCUGGCUAAUGGUACAAUCACAGAUACAGUAAUGGUUGGGGGAUGCUCAUUUUGAUAUGCAAAUCAUUUUUUUAAAAUGUGGGAAUCCAUGCAUCUUUGCUCUUAUUGCACAUUUUGUAUUAUUAGUUUCUAAUAAGUACAGUCAAAUGAAAAUAAUACAGUACAGUACAGUAAUGAAAUAAAGCACUUUGAGAAGACA